CUCAGGCGGGCUCCGCUGAGAUCUGCUCUUUCGGUGCUCGACUCUCCUGUGCUGCUGCCGCCGCCGAAGGAGGGGCAAAGCUCAAGAUGGCGGACAAAACGCCAGGCGGCUCUCAGAAGGCCAGCUCAAAGACAAGAUCAUCAGAUGUUCAUUCUUCGGGAUCUUCAGAUGCACAUAUGGAUUCAUCUGGACCCUCAGAUAGUGAUCUGCCAAGUCGAACACGACCUAAGAGCCCCAGAAAACAUAAUUAUAGGAAUGAAAGUACCCGUGAAAACCUCUGUGAUUCUCCCCAUCAGAAUCUCUCAAGGCCUCUUCUAGAAAACAAACUUAAAGCAUUCAGUAUUGGAAAAAUGAGUACAGCUAAGCGAACGCUAAGUAAGAAGGAGCAAGAAGAAUUAAAGAAAAAGGAGGAUGAAAAGGCAGCUGCUGAGAUCUAUGAGGAAUUUCUUGCUGCUUUUGAAGGAAGUGAUGGUAAUAAAGUGAAAACAUUUGUGCGAGGAGGUGUUGUUAAUGCAGCUAAAGAAGAACAUGAAACAGACGAAAAAAGAGGUAAAAUCUAUAAGCCAUCUUCAAGAUUUGCAGAUCAAAAAAAUCCUCCAAAUCAGUCAUCCAAUGAAAGACCACCAUCUCUUCUUGUGAUAGAAACCAAAAAGCCUCCACUGAAGAAGGGGGAGAAAGAAAAGAAAAAAAGCAAUUUGGAACUCUUCAAAGAAGAAUUAAAACAAAUUCAAGAAGAGCGUGAUGAGAGACAUAAAACAAAAGGCAGGUUAAGCCGGUUUGAGCCUCCUCAGUCAGAUUCUGAUGGUCAGCGUCGUUCUAUGGAUGCGCCUUCAAGAAGAAAUAGAUCAUCUGGUGUUCUUGAUGAUUAUGCACCUGGCUCACAUGAUGUAGGAGAUCCAAGCACUACUAAUUUAUACCUUGGAAAUAUUAAUCCACAGAUGAAUGAAGAAAUGCUAUGCCAAGAAUUUGGAAGAUUUGGACCAUUAGCCAGUGUGAAAAUUAUGUGGCCUAGAACUGAUGAAGAAAGAGCAAGAGAGAGAAAUUGUGGCUUUGUGGCAUUUAUGAAUAGAAGAGAUGCUGAAAGAGCUUUAAAAAAUUUAAAUGGAAAGAUGAUUAUGUCUUUUGAAAUGAAAUUAGGUUGGGGUAAAGCUGUACCUAUUCCUCCACAUCCAAUAUACAUUCCACCUUCUAUGAUGGAACAUACGCUUCCCCCACCUCCAUCAGGACUGCCUUUUAAUGCGCAGCCUAGAGAGCGAUUAAAGAACCCCAAUGCUCCCAUGUUACCACCACCUAAAAACAAGGAGGAUUUUGAGAAGACUCUGUCGCAAGCCAUAGUCAAAGUGGUUAUCCCAACAGAAAGGAAUUUGCUCGCCCUGAUACAUCGCAUGAUAGAGUUUGUUGUACGUGAAGGGCCAAUGUUUGAAGCUAUGAUUAUGAACAGAGAAAUCAACAAUCCUAUGUUCAGGUUCUUAUUUGAAAAUCAGACACCAGCCCAUGUUUACUAUAGGUGGAAGCUUUAUUCUAUUCUGCAGGGGGAUUCUCCAACUAAGUGGAGGACAGAAGAUUUUCGAAUGUUCAAAAAUGGAUCUUUUUGGAGGCCACCACCGUUAAAUCCAUACCUGCAUGGGAUGUCAGAAGAGCAAGAAACAGAAGCUUUUGUUGAGGAGCCUAGUAAAAAGGGAGCACUUAAGGAAGAACAGAGGGAUAAGUUAGAAGAAAUCUUACGGGGAUUAACUCCAAGGAAAAAUGAUAUUGGAGAUGCAAUGGUUUUCUGUCUUAAUAAUGCUGAAGCUGCUGAAGAAAUAGUGGAUUGCAUUACUGAGUCAUUGUCCAUCUUAAAGACACCCCUUCCUAAAAAGAUUGCCAGAUUAUAUUUGGUUUCUGAUGUUUUGUACAACUCUUCAGCCAAAGUCGCCAAUGCUUCUUAUUACAGAAAAUUUUUUGAAACAAAGUUAUGUCAGAUAUUUUCAGACCUGAAUGCUACCUAUCGUACAAUUCAAGGCCAUUUGCAGUCUGAAAACUUUAAGCAAAGGGUUAUGACCUGCUUCAGAGCAUGGGAAGAUUGGGCAAUUUAUCCAGAGCCAUUUUUGAUCAAACUACAAAACAUUUUCUUAGGGCUUGUAAAUAUUAUCGAAGAAAAGGAAACGGAGGAUGUACCUGAUGAUCUCGAUGGUGCCCCCAUUGAGGAAGAACUUGAUGGUGCACCUCUUGAAGAUGUGGAUGGAAUUCCUAUUGAUGCUACUCCCAUUGAUGAUCUUGAUGGAGUCCCUAUAAAGAGUCUUGAUGAUGAUCUUGAUGGAGUACCUUUGGAUGCGACAGAAGACUCAAAGAAGAAUGAACCCAUAUUUAAAGUUGCCCCAUCAAAAUGGGAAGCUGUAGAUGAAUCGGAACUGGAAGCACAGGCUGUAACAACUUCUAAAUGGGAGUUAUUUGACCAGCAUGAAGAAUCAGAAGAAGAAGAAAAUCAAAAUCAAGAAGAGGAAAGUGAAGAUGAAGAUGAUACUCAAAGUUCCAAAUCUGAAGAACAUCAUUUGUACUCUAAUCCAAUUAAAGAAGAAAUGACCGAGUCUAAGUUCUCUAAGUACUCUGAAAUGAGUGAGGAGAAACGAGCUAAGCUUCGUGAAAUUGAGCUCAAAGUUAUGAAGUUUCAGGAUGAGUUGGAAUCUGGAAAAAGACCUAAAAAACCAGGCCAAAGCUUUCAGGAGCAAGUAGAACACUACAGAGAUAAACUUCUUCAACGAGAGAAAGAGAAGGAAUUAGAAAGAGAAAGAGAACGAGACAAGAAGGAUAAAGAAAAAUUGGAAUCUCGAUCUAAAGACAAGAAGGAAAAAGAUGAGUGUACUCCAACGAGGAAAGAAAGGAAAAGGCGCCACAGUACAUCCCCUAGCCCAUCUCGAAGUAGCAGUGGUAGACGAGUGAAGUCCCCAUCACCAAAAUCGGAGCGAUCGGAGCGUUCAGAAAGAUCUCAUAAAGAGAGCUCACGGUCAAGGUCAUCUCACAAAGAUUCUCCUAGAGAUGUUAGCAAAAAGGCCAAAAGAUCACCAUCUGGUUCAAGGACACCUAAAAGGUCUAGGAGAUCACGAUCUAGAUCCCCUAAAAAAUCAGGGAAGAAAUCCAGAUCCCAGUCCCGAUCUCCACACAGGUCUCAUAAAAAGUCAAAGAAAAACAAACACUGACAUAGCGUUCACAAUUUUUAAGAUGCUGUCACUUAUUGGAAAUGCGAUUUUGUUUUGUGCCUGAACAGUCUGUUUUUAAAAAAAAAAAAACAAAAAACAAAAAACAAAUGAAAGAGCAUUCCUGGGGUUUUUUUGUUUGUUUGUUUGUGAAUGCAUGUGUAAACUCAUGAGUAACUGCAUCUGUAGAAUUGUCAUUGUUUUAUAUUGUACAAAUUACUUCAGUUGUGGCCGUUUCUCAUAUAAUUUUUACUGUGUUAAUGAAUUUCAUCAGAAAUGUGUAUAAUGGAUCUGCUGGCAGUAGUAGUAUUUUGUUUUAGGAUAUUGUGACUUAGCAAAAAUAAUACAGAUGUCUACCCCCCCCCCUUUUGUAGCUUUGAAAAUUGGAAUUAGAUUUCAAAUAAAAUCUGAACAGAAAACUAUAAUGUUGUUUUUUUGCCCCACUGGUGACAGCAAGUCCCUUAAAGUUCUAAGUGAGUUUGGCACUACUGUUGUGUUUCUUUUACAUAAUGCACUUUACAAGCUCCAGUGUUCAAGUAGCUAAACUUCUGUAUUUACUAAGAUGGCUAUCAAAAUGAAAGAACCUGAGAUUCCUGUUUGGAAGGUUUGCCAACCAAUGUCUUCAUUAAGGUUCUCUUCCUUGGAUAAUACCAGUACCCAGAGAUAAAAGAUAGGUGGAUAUGGCAUGGUGCUUUGUUAAUGGAAUGCCUAGCUAAACCUUUUUUUUUACAAAUUAGAAGCAAUAUGAUUUCAGUACACCCAGCCCAUAUUCUGAGCAGCUACUUAUUUUUAGGGAAAAAUUAAAUUGCUAUCUUUUGAUUUUAUCUUCUAUCAUAAAAGACAUUUAUUUAUAAAAGAAAUUUUCCAACAAGAUUUGGCCACAGUAUAAAAGAAUUUUCCAACAAGAUUUGGCCGUUUUAUUUUUUGUAUGAUAGUUGCCUCUUUAUAGACCUCUUAAGCAGUCUUCAAACCCUGGUGUCAGAAUAUUUCUACAAGUUUCUGUUUAAAACACCUUAGUGUUUUAAAAGGAUGUGGUUUUAGGUAUAAUUUUAAGUAAAAUUUAAAAAAGUAAAGUGGUUUUUAGGAAAUGGAGUAUCCGUUACAAGGUGCAGAAAUUGCAAGGUGCAAUUCAAGAUGCAAAAAGUUGAUUUCAACUAUUUGCAUGGUUGAAAUCUGUUAUACAGCAGGAAUAAAAUUACUGUGGUAUGAGAAAUAAAAUUUGUGUAAUGGUUAAAUUUUCCUAUAAGUAUAAUGUAAUAAAGGGUUCUGUAGACUUGAACUGAUGCUACUGUUUGUGAAUUUUGCUAUUUUUCAUGUAGACACUUAAUUGUACAGUGGUUUGAUUUUUUUAAAUUUUUUUCCUAAUAGAGAGUGUAGGAAACUAUUUUGAUAAUAGAUUGUUUUGAUUUAGGUUGAUUUUUUAAAAAUUUUGUCUAGUCACAAAAUAAAUACUGUACCCACAAUUUAGGGAGUAGCUCUGUUAGCUGAGCACUACUGUGUUAACUGAGCAUGCUUCUUCCAAACCGGGCAAAUCUACAACAGCUUUGGAAAUCAGCCAGUCAGAUUAUUUUGCUUAAUGGUUCUUAUCAGCAUGCAAUAUUGCUUGAAUACUUAUUCCCUUAUCAUUCGUCCAUUUUGUUAGGAAAUGUUAAUUCCUAAAAGUUGCUCAGAAUAAUUAAACGUGAACAUUUGGUGCUGAUUUUUAAAAACCUAUAAAUAUAGCCAUUUAUAAAGCAACAUGUUUUUCUCCCCCGUUCAUUGCCUGGGAGAGUGUAAUUUUAUAUAAUCUUCCUUUUCUUGCAAAAAGUAGCAGUAGUGUUGAGUUGCUGUUGAUUUUGGCAUUCCAUCAUUCACCGUUGUCUAGUGUAGGCUUAGAAUAAUUGGUCAGGUAAUGGUUUUGCCAUUCAAAUUUCAAGGAAUGCUUAUUUCUCUCCCUUCUUAAAAAAUAUCCUAGAGAAGCAGCAGAAAAUCUUAAGUCAGUUUUGGGUGCUUAUUUGUAAUGUGUUUCUUACUGCAAUGGAAUUUAGCACUUGUCUUUAUCUGGCUCCAGACACAACUAUUACAGUUUAUUUUACAGUGAGUGAGGCUGGCUUCCAUUUGUGGUGGGAGGAUUGCUUACGCCUGAUAGAAAUGUAUUUUCUGUGCAGUCUAUUAAUGUAUGUAUUAGAUUAUAUUGAAUUUUUUUCUUGAAUUGCAAAUGGUAGAUAGGUUAUUUCCAAUUUAUCUUUAAGAGAAAAUAUUUAGAGUGUUUAUUUCCUCCUGGAUUCACUGAAAGUUUAAUGGGAUCAGAAACUGGUAAAUUGUGAAGGGGGGAGAUAGUCUACCAUAUUUUUAUAAUAGCAUAUUAUUCAACUGUUUCCCAUGUAAAGAACACUCUUAAGUUACGUAGUAAAAUUCUAGAGGUUGACUAAAAUGUUCAUAGGCAUGACUUGUAGUUAACAGGAAGUACCCUGCUCCAGCUCUGUAAUAGACAGUUAUUGUUCUCUACCACAGCUACAUGGAAGAGGAAAUCCCUUGCCCACUCCUCUUAUAGAGGAGUGUCAGGCUCUCUCCUCUCUAACCUAAUGUUUAUACACAGGGGUUCCUUACCAGAUUAAUGCCAUUCUUAACGCCUCUCCCUUCUACAGGUGGGAGAAAGAAAAUAAAUGGUAGUCUAAUUCUUACCUGAGAGAGUCCUAUAAUUGAAGAGGAUCAUGUUUGUGAAUCUUUUCGUUGGCAUUGUAUUUCUUUGUUACUGCUAGUAAGUGAAUGGGGAUUUCUGAUCUGCAGUAUGUUGAGAUGUUAGAGAUAAAGAACUAAAAAACAAAACUCUGUGACCCAAAAGAAUGCUUUUAUUUGGCUCAGAAUGUUCUAGGCUUUUCUGCUAAAGUUUGCAGACAGUACUGUACGCUGACCUAAUUUUUUUUUCAUUGCAGACCAUUCCCAUGGGCUUACCCUGAGACUUUUAACCCAAUUAAAAAAAAAAAAAACUCACCA